UGCAACCCGGAAGCAGUCGACAGUCGACAGACCCGGAAAUAGAAAGUAGUCUAUCUAAAACGAAACGCGUCUCAGAGCCCUCCUCGUGUCCACGCGCGCACAACAAACAUGAAAAGUCUUUUUAAAAACAUUUUCAACGUUUAUGUAACUUAGAUGAGGAGUGUUCGCGUCUGCUGCACCAAGAGCCAAAUCGACAUUGUCGUCAUUUCUUUCGAAGGGGCGCUGAAGCCUAUCCCGGCUGACUUUGGGCGAAAGGCGGACUACACCCUGAACUGGUCGCCAGUCAGUCGCAGGGCGCAUAUCGACAUGGACAACCAUUCGCACUCACAUUCACACCGCCACUGAGUGGGAACUGGACCCACGCUGCCCGCACCGAAGUCAGAUCAACUACUGCAGCGUUGGCCUUAUCUGGCCCGCCUCAUUUCCACUCAAAAUGAGAUGCUCACAAGUUCCCGCCCCCGUUGGCAUCCCGACACCAAACAAGAAGAAGAAGAAGAAGAAGAAGAAGAAAAUUGCUCAAGAUAACAGCCUUCCUCCCGUUGAUGUGCUUGCUCACAAACAGAAGAAAAGAAAACCACAAGAAAACAUCUUCCUUCCUGCUGAUGUGCACACAAAGAGGAAGAAGAGAGCACCAGAAGAAGAAAACAUGGCUCUUGCUGAUGUACACACCACCAAGGAAGAACAGAAGAAGAAAAGCGCAGACGACAACAACAUACUUCUUUUGGCUGAGGGCCACACAAACAAGGAGAAGAAGAAGAAGAAGAAGAAGAAGAAGAAGAAAAAAAUAAUAGAAGACGACGACAGUGUCCUUCCUGCUGACAAGCACACUCACAAGAGGAAAAGAGAAGAAAAAGACAACAACGGCCUUCCUGCAGAUGUGCCCGCCAAGAAACGCAAGAAGAAAAGAAAACAAGAAGCAGAAGAUGACCGAUUUCUUCCCGCUGAAGACGACGACGACGGCGACGACGACGUGGUUCCUGCUGACGUGCCCGCUAGCAAACAGCAGAAGGAGGAAACAGAAAAAGAAAUGGAACAAACCGUCCUUCUUCCUGCCAAUGGCUGCACCAACAAGAAGAAGAAAAUAAAAGAAGCCAGCAGUGUCUUUUCUGCUGACGAGCACACUCGGAACAAGACGAAAAGAGAAGAAAAAGACAACAGCGGCCUUCCUGCGGGUGUGACCGCUAAGAAACGCAAGAAGAAAAGAAAACAAGAAGCAGAAGAUGACCGAUUUCUUCCUGCUGAUGUGCAGAAGAAAAAGAAAGAAGCUCAAGAAAACAUCAUUCUUCCUGCUGACGUGCACCCUCACAAACGGAAGAAAAGAGCAGAAGAAGAAAACUGCUCCCCUGCCGAUCUGCACGCAAAGAAGAAGAAAAAGAAAAAAACGCCAGAGGAAGAAGGCGGCGGCGGCGGCGGCCUUCCUCCUGGCGUGCACACGAAGAAGACUGUGAUGUCGGAGGUGGAGGAGGUCUCCAUGGCAACCGUGGAGACGGAAACAAAGACGCCGGUGAGUGCGGCGGUCGCCUACGCGGCGCAGGCGGUUCCCGUGGAGACGAGCGAGGCGGAGGAAGAGAGCGUCAUUGCGACUGCCGAUGACAUCGCUGUCCCCAUGGAAACCAGCACGACCAAACAAGAUGACCAGUUGGACCCUGUUUUGGUGGCGCAGUUGGAAGAGUUUAUUGGCAGCGUGAAGUAUCGACCCUCGGGUGACAUCAAGUUUCUUCUGCGUCACGACCUGCAUCGCUUCCGGCUCUUCAAGGAGCAAGGCCUGUCCAUCCGUUGGGGGCGCUUCACUCCGGAGGAGAAUCGGCGAAUCCGAGACAACAUGACCCACUUCCUGGCUGUGACGGGCGUGAGCUCCAGCGACCAGAUUCUCUUCCCUUGGCGCUACGAGCACCUAGAGAAGAACAUUAAGAAGCUCAAAAGAGACCAUGGCUUUCUGGAGGCCAUCGCCGAGGGAAUCCCGAGGCCGUGCAAGCAGGUUCUGACCAGAGCUUUAAAGAUCGACUACAGCAACCACAAGGGACAGUUCUCCACGGAGGAGCUCCGUCAGCUGGUCAAGUUGCAGAAGGUCCACGGCAACGAUUGGCGACGUAUUUCUGCGAUGAUGGGCCGCAGCAUCUACGCUGUACAGAAACGCUUUGCCAACAUUGCAUCCGGCCGAGGCAGAUGGACAUCGGAGGAGGAGGACCGGCUGAAGGAAGCCGUCAAGACUUACCUGGAGGUCGUGGUCCGACGAAGCUCGGCCGGUUCCGAGGACGACGGCCUUUUGAGACUGCGGCAACUCUGUGCUGAUUUGCCGUGGACGGAGAUCAGCCAGCACGUGCGGACCCGACACUGGUGUCAGUGUCGACUCAAGUGGUUCAGCAUCCUAAAGCAUCGGCUGUCUCAGAAAAACCAUAGGAAAAAACCCGAAAGACUGAAGACUAAAAUCCACCUGAUUGAAACGUUGCACGCUUUGGACGUGGAGGAUGCGAGGGACAUCGAUUGGGAGAAGGUCGCUGCUUUCGUGGGCGGCGUGACUCCAGUUUGCGUCCAGAAGCUUUUCCGAAACCUUAAAGUCUCCAACGUUCCCGACUGGUCUCGCCGUUCCUACGGAGAGAUCAUCGACUUCCUGCAGGAGCACGUUACGCCGUGCCUCGUCGAGACGCUGCGGCGCUGCAACCGAGAGGAGGCGGAGUGGGAAGCGCCCCUGAACGACGCGUACGCUCUGUUCAAAAUCUUCGCAUCGGGAGAAGACGGCGAAUUUGUGGAGGUGGACAACACUCAGCCGAGCAGACGGCGUUCGGAACGCUUGCUUGAACGCGCACCUUUGAGCGCUAACCCUCGUAGGAAGUCUCCUCAACUACAGACGAUCAGCCUAACAGCCCAUCAGACGCCCCGACUACAGCCUAACAGCCAAUCAGAGGCCCUAACUGCAGACGAUCAGCCUAACAGCCAGUCAACGACAGACGCGAGCGCUCCGUAAAGCAAACGCCAAAGUUUGAAUGCGCACCUCUAAGCCCCGCCCCUUCCUCAGAAACUCGUUGUUUUUUUGUCUUCGUUCCAUAAAAAGGGUUCUUAAGGCUUGA